AUGGUUAAUCAAAUUAACAAGCACGUUCAUGGAGGAAAUGUGCUUAUUAAAGUGGAUAUGGUAAAAGCAUAUAAUAGCAUAGAUUGGGACUUUUUGCUACAUGGGAUGAGGCCUUUUGAUUUCUCUCAAGAAGUCUGUGGGCUUAUUAGCCAAUGCAUAUCAUCCCCUUGGUUCUCAAUGGCUAUGAAUGGGACUACGAAAGGCUUUUUUCCUAGUGGUCAUGGGCUACGUCAGGGGGAUCCUUUAUUGUCAUAUUUAUUUAUUUUGGUUGAAGAAGUACUGUUCAGGCUGCUGAAAAAUAAUUUUGCUGUUGGAAAACUAGAGUCGUUCAGUCAUUCUCAAGAAGCUAUGCUUAUCUCCCACUUGUUCUAUGCUGAUGACAUUAUGGUAUUUGCUAAUGGAGGUGGCAGAUGGAGGAGUAUGCCAUGUUUGAUAGGCUUCUCGGAAGGGUCAUUUCCUGUUAAAUACCUAGGGGCUCCGCUAGUUUCUAGCCAUCUUAAAGUGAGUCAUUUUGAUGAGCUGGUGGCACGUAUUAGAGACAAACUGGGAGGUUGGCAGCAUAGAAUUCUGUCAAAUGGUGGUUGGAUUCUUCUGUUGAGAGUGCCAAUGGAAGGACACGCGGUUUCGAUGAAGUCUCUCUGGCAGUCAAAUCAAGGCUGUAAUUGCCUGGGUUGGAGCCUAGUGCAAGUGGAAGUGGAGUUAGAUGCGUUGUUAGUGGUGCACUGGCUUGAGAGAAAACAGUGUGGGAUUUGGAAUUUGGAGGAUUAUUGGGAAGAGAUUCAAGGUCUGUUCUUUAGCAUGUAG